AUGGAUGAAAUCCAGGCCGUUCGAUAUCUGGAGUCUCUGAUCGGCCAGACACUGCGAGUGCACGCGACAGACUCUCGGAUUUUCGUGGGCGUCUUCAAGUGUACAGAUGCGGAUCGGAAUAUCAUUCUCGCCAACACUCACGAGUAUCGCCAUCCAACAACGGCUGCUGUUCGUGAUGCAGCCGCAGCCCUGAAUACGGCGCCUGAGAGUUCAGAAGAGUCGCAGAAGCUAAAAUUAAAUAUGACGAGUCGAUUUAUUGGUCUUGUGGUCGUGCCCGGACAACAUAUCACGAGCAUCGAGUUGGAGGAGAUCCAGACCCCGCAAUCGUGA